UAGGAAGGCAAGGCCCUGGAUGAGAAUGGCAAGACGAGCAUUCCAAAAGGACAGACCCUGAUGAUUCUCUCUGGGACCUCCAGCAGAAGAACCCGCCACUCAAGAGCUGCAGCAGUUUAAGUAUAUUUAGUCAUGGAAAGUAAUGAUGACCCCGAUGAAGAUCACCUUACAAGUUACGAUAUUCAGCUCAGUAUUCAAGAAUCCAUUGAAGCCAGCAAGACUGAAUUUUGUCCUGAAAGAUUUGUACCACUAAGUGAUCAAAACAGAAAACUUGUCAAGGCCAUAAAACAAGGUCACAUUCUUGAGCUCCAGGAGUAUGUGAAAUGUACAUAUGCGUUAGAUGAAGCGGAUGAAAAAGGAUGGUUUCCAUUGCAUGAAGCUGUUGUUCAACCCAUUCAACAAAUACUUGAAAUUGUCCUGGAUGCAUCCUAUAAGACACUCUGGGAAUUCAAGACCUCUGAUGGAGAAACACCAUUGACUUUGGCAGUCAAAGCUAGUCUGGUGGAAAAUGUAAGAACUUUACUAGAAAAGGGAGUAUGGCCAAACACCAAAAAUGACAAAGGAGAGACACCUCUUCUGAUUGCUGUAAAAAAGGGCUCCUAUGACAUGGUGUCGGCUCUGCUCAAACACAAUGCCAGCCUUGACCAGCCCUGUGUCAAGCGAUGGUCAGCAAUGCAUGAAGCAGCCAAACAAGGCCGCAAAGACCUCAUAGCUCUGCUACUGAAACACGGUGGCAGUGUCCACCUAAGAGAUGGCUUUGGAGUCACACCGUUAGGUGUUGCUGCUGAGUAUGGUCACUGUGAUGUGCUGGAACACCUAAUCCACAAAGGGGGUGACGUGUUCGCUUUGGCGGAUGAUGGGGCCUCAGUGCUGUUUGAGGCAGCAGGAGGGGGCAAUCCUGACUGCAUUUCUCUCCUGCUGGAAUAUGGAGGAAGUGGAAAUGUGCCUAACAGAGCAGGGCAUCUUCCUAUACACCGAGCUGCCUACGAGGGACAUUACCUUGCACUGAAAUAUCUUAUCCCAGUAACAUCCAAAAAUGCAAUCUGGAAAAGUGGGCUAACACCAAUUCACUCAGCAGCAGAUGGGCAAAAUGUACAGUGCUUAGAAUUGCUCAUUGAAAGUGGUUUUGAUGUCAAUACUCUACUUGCUGAGCACAUUUCUGAGAGCUAUGACGACAAGAGGAAGACUGCGCUGUAUUUUGCCGUUUCUAAUAAUGAUAUCCAUUGCACAGAAGUUCUUCUGAAUGCAGGUGCAGAUCCCAACUUAGAUCCCCUCAACUGUCUGCUUGUGGCAGUGAGGGCCAAUAAUCACGAAAUUGUCCGGCUGCUUCUCUCCCAUGGAGCUAAUGUCAAUUGUUAUUUUAUGCACGUGAAUGACACUCGUUUCCCCAGUGCCAUUCAGUAUGCCCUAAACGACGAGGUAAUGCUGAGGCUGUUGCUGAAUAAUGGCUAUCAAGUGGAGCUGUGCUUUGAGUGCAUGCACGGAGACAUCUUUGGGAAUUCAUUUGUGUGGGCAGAGAUAGAGGAAGAGGUGCUGCCAGGAUGGACAUCUUGUGUAAUAAAGGAUAACCCGUUCUGUGAGUUUAUUACAGUUCCUUGGAUGAAACACCUGGUAGGCAACGUUGUUCGUAUAUUAAUAGAUUACGUGGAUUACAUCCCUCUGUGUGCUAAGCUGAAGUCUGCACUGGAAGUACAGAGAGAAUGGCCAGAAAUUCGUCAAAAACUAGAGAAUCCUUGCUCAUUAAAGCAUUUGUGUCGGCUAAAAAUCCGAAGACUUAUGGGACUCCAGCGACUCUGCCAGCCAGCCUCAAUGGAGAAGCUUCCUCUACCACCAACUAUUCAAAAAUACAUAUUAUUUAAAGAGUAUGAUCUCUAUGGACAAGAGCUAAAAUUGCCAUAAUUUAAAAAUAAUAUUUUAAAAUGUGAUUUUAAAAAUACUUUAAAUGUGAUUCCGUAAGAGCAUUUCUUGGAAUCAUUUUACAUCCUUAAGUGUAUUUAAAUCCAUUGUAAUUUUAUAACGGGAUCCUGUGUUCUUAUGAGAACACCACACUUUACAUCUUUAAAGACCUUUACAUUGUGAUUUUUUAAAAUUUAAGUAU